CCUGUGUCGCUUUCUUUUCUCUUUUCUCUUUUCUCUUUUCUCAAAUCUGGUUUCGUUCCAUUCCAUUCCAAGCUCAACCGCACACGCAUCCUAAUCAAAUCAAACAGGGUCGCAAUUCUUUAGAAUUCUACCAAAUUGCGCGUCACUUUGCAGCAUUAAUUUCCUGCUUCCAAAUUCCCAUCACAUUGAAUCUCGCCACCAUCAUAAAGGUUCCUGCUUUUUCUUCACCAUUAAUCAAAAUUACUUUUUUUUCCCUUUUAAUUUCAUUAUGGAAAUUCCAAUUUUGUGGGAAAAAUUGGACAUUUUUUAAAAAAGGAAAAAUUAUCUUAUCUUGUUGCAUGUUUAGUCAGAAUUUGUUACCAUUUGUGUGUUGGUUAAUAUGGCAGAGCUGCACAUGAGGUUUGAUCUCAUUAUCAAGCAGUAUUUAGUAGUUACCUGAAUCUCCUAUGUGAUUCCCAUCACUUGAACAUUGUGUUUCAUGAUUAAAAUUUAGGUAUUUUGUCUAUGGUCUUCUUGAAAGCUUUCAUGCUUCAGUGUUUAGGAUAGAGCUUGGAGGUGUUUGAUGAAGGGCAUGGCUUGGAGUACUACAUCUAAAGGUUCUUCCAUAAUUUCUUCGAAUCGAAAGCCGAUUUCGUGGAUUGCAGUUUUAGUAGGAGUACUUGCAGUUUUCUUAAUUUAUGCUUCUUGAGGACUUGUAUCAUACCCUAUUGGAUUCACUGUUCAUAGUCAUUUUUAUGGUGUAGAUAAUACAGCAAAGAUAGAUGUGUCAGUACCUUCAAAAAAUGAAAAUUCUAAGGAUGCUCAAUUGAAUAGAAGUUCAGAUCUUGUUGAUAAUAAAUAAUCUUUGGAUCUAGAUUCUCCCAUGGUUUCGUCUGAUCAAUCUAAUGGUAGCAGUAUAGAACAAACUGAUAGUAACUCAAACUCACAAGCAGGGUUGAGUGAGCAGACAUCAGAGCAAUCUCCGGUUAACAAGGAGGUGAAUGAAAUAGAAUCUACUGAUAGAGCGGGUUCUGAUUUGCAAGAAUCUUCAACUUCAUUUGAUGGAAGUAAGGAUGCAGUCAAUAGUAGAUUGCCUUCUAAAUUCGAUUCACAGGUUGAUAUGGUUUCGACGGCAACUUUGCCAGUGGCUGGUAAUGAUACAAGUAUUGUUAAAAAUGAGGAACCGGCCUCUGUGGAUUUUAUCAGUCAGUCCGGUGCAGCUGAUGAGGAACCCAUGUCAUCUAGUAAUUCCACAUCAAAGACAGUUCCAGAGGCAAUAGAGAAGCAUGAUAGCGCAUCUUCUGCUGGUUCAGCUAAUCCAGAGUGCGAUUUGUACCAUGGAAGCUGGAUACACGAUCCAUUCCAUUGGGACCAUUAUAUAGAAAUGAUACAUGCCCAGUAAUUACACAGAUGCAAAAGUGUCAGGCUAAUGGGAGGCCUGACAAGGAUUAUGAGAAUUGGCACUGGAAGCCAUCUCAGUGUGACCUCCCAAGAUUUUGAUCCAAAGAAAUUUUUGGAGUUGAUGAGAGGGAAGACCUUGGCAUUCAUUGGAGAUUCAGUUGCAAGAAACCAGAUGGAAUCAUUGCUGUGAUUCUCUCUGGCAGGUUAUUUCUUUUUAAUUUGUGUAUCUGCGUUGAAUGGAAAAUAAAAUGAUUCCUAGAUAACAGGGAAAUUCAAUGUUUUGCGAAUUUGUCAUUCUAUUUUAUCAUGGUUGCUUUUGAUAUUAGUAUAUUAGAUUUAUAAUAUUAUCCAUAAGGUUGGCCGAGCCCGAGAAACACAUAACAAACUGUAGUUUGUCCACUUCGUAAGACAGCAAAUUAAAGACAUGGAAUAGAAAAAGGAAUUCUGUUUCAAGGAAGAACCUCAAUAAUCCUUUAAAGAAACCGAAGGGAUGAACUUGGCCUUGUGAUGGGGAAUUUGAUUAGUUAGGAUUUAGUAUAAAUAGGAGGGAAAACACAGUGGGGUAAAUCAGCCAUGGAAUGGAGUGAGGAAAGAUUAAGAGAGUAGUGGUCCCCCGAAAAUCCUCUCUAGUAGUUUCAUGUGCUGUGCUCAUCUUGAUCAAGAACCAUUAGUGAACAGAAUAAACUCCUGAUUUGAUUUUGAUGAUCUGAACCAAUUCCGUCAUAUAACUGCUGAGCUGAUGUGAUGUUACUAUCAGCCUUUGAACAUAGUUUACGGAUAUUAAUUGAUCUGGAUUAUCUGAGGAAGUCAGUUAUCUAUCACAUAUUACGGGUGCUUAAUUUUAAGUAUCAUUCUGGCUACUAGGUCAAGAAUUGUCUUCGUGUGGCAUUUGAGCUGCAGCUGCAGCUGCACCAUGCUAUGUUCAUGAUCAAAUUCAAUGAUUUCCUUGCAUAGAAUUUACUUUAUACUUGCAUACAUACAUUAUAUGCGUGCUUGUUUUUGCAGGGUGCAUGAUAAUGUGCAUUCAUUUUGCAUAGUGAGAAGGCUAACUUAUAAAAUGAUACUUUCUGGUAGAGGUACCGAAGAGUCGGGGAAAUCGUAACAUGCAACGAUAUUAUUUCAGGUCCACAUCUGUAAAGAUUGCACGGAUGUGGUCUUCGUGGCUUCUCAAACAUUAUCCUGAGCCAUUUGAUUAUGCCGAGGCUGGUGUGGAUAAGCUCCAUCUUGAUGCUCCGGAUGAGAAGUUGAUGGAAUUCCUCCCAAUGUUUGAUGUGGUUGUUCUUUCUUCCGGUCAUUGGUUUGCCAAGAAGUCUGUGUACAUUUUGAACAACGAGAUUGUGGGCGGGCAGUUGUGGUCGCCGCCCAAAUCUCAUCAGGACAAAAUGAAGAUUAACAGUAUUCAAGCAUACGAUAUAUCUGCUGAAACGAUUCUUACUUCCAUUCUUGCGCAUCCAAAAUACAAGGGGCAUACAAUUGUGUGCUCUUACUCGCCGGAUCACUACGAGGGUGGUGCCUGGGAACACGGGUGGAUCGUGCACGGGGAAGGUGAAGCCUCUUGGUCCGGGCGAACUGGGGGAGAACGAAUUCACAAAUGUCAUGCAUGCACAACAGGUUAAUGGUUUCAACCGUGCUAUGCAGAAUGCAACAAAUGCAUCAAGGUUGAAGUUAAUGGAUAUCACUGAAGUUUUUCAGUACAGGCAUGAUGGCCAUCCUGGUCCAUACAGGAGCACUGAUCCAAAUAAGAUCACAAAGCGUGGACGGGAUGGAAGGCUGCCACCGCAGGAUUGCUUGGAUUGGUGCAUGCCAGGCCCUGUGGUCUGCUGUGGAUACCUGGAAUGAGCUCGUGAUGGAGAUCAUUAGGCGAGAAUAUGAAGGUUCAAGUGCAUCGUGAUUGGUUGAGUGACUCGGUAGGAAAUGAAAGUUUCUUGGGGAGAGACAAAAAUAGUUAAGUUGUAUUACUUGUAUAUUUUCAUAGAAGAAAAUAUUAACAUUGUAGAGAUAGAGGAAUGCUAGAGGGCCAGCAACUUUUGUGAUUUGUAGCCAUCAAAUAGCCAUCAAUGAUGGUUUUAAUAGUGUGAGAUUGGUGUGAGAUUUCAUCCAAUGGUUCACUUUUCUUUGCUGGUUACAUGCUGGCUAGAAUUUAACAAAGUUGCUGGUCCCCUAGACUUUUCCGUAGAGAAAUUAAUUUAUUUGUAUUUGGGUUCGGCUGAUAAGCUAUUUGCUUAUUCCUUAACCCUCAAAGGCCAUUAGUACACCUGAUAUGGCUACGUAUGUAAUUACCAAGUUUUGAUUUUUAAUAUACCACAUCAUAUUUUUUUAA